CCUUGUAUUAGUUUUGAUUAAAGAUUAAUCUCACCACAGUCCCAAAAAAUGUCCCACAUAUCUGUGUACUGUUUACACACUAACUUUUUGGUAACUCAGUAUUACCGCUUUCCCCUCAGUGCCGAACAGUAGUCUGCCAGUGGGUUUAAUGUAUAUUCAGCCCCCUCCUCUCUUGACUUGUGUUUACUUAUUUACGCUAACCUGAGCCAGCUGCCACCAGGACAAGUGUUGCACUUCGCUUUCUAAAGCCAUGAUAUUUAAUACAAGGGGGCUUUGCAGGCAAUCGGCUCUCUGGUCGACCACUGAGCCUUACCCUUGCUAAUGUAGGGCCGUGGCGCUCUUCAUGGAUGCUUCUGUUUCACUCAUUGUCUCCUCAGCCAAUAGGAAGGAUGUGCAGCACGGGAAUAUAGAGACCUUGAGGAUGAGCCAUGUGCCUGCUGGGGGUCAAUGGCCUGUCCUACCCAAGCAACAACAAGCUUCCCUUGCCAGUAUUCAGCACAGGAUGUGAUGACUAUGAUAAUUCACAUUCCAACAUCGUCAUGCCUCUUUCUGAUGAUGAGCCCGUGUGCACCAAGUUCGAACCCAACAUCUUCGACCCCUCCCGCUGCCACGACUGCCUGCGUCAGAGGCACCGCCAUCAUGGCGCUGGGGACAACACCGAGGCGGCGCCACAGCAGAAAUCCAACACAGACUCUGUCACCAGGCCCAAACGUGGGACGGGACCAUGCAAUGGAAUGCUAACGCCAAUCCCCUCACAGGCAGAGGAAAGGGACACCAGCAGUAAGGAGGAUUCGGACCAUUUUUCCGUGGUGAGCAGCUACUGUGAUGUCACUCGAGGCUGUCCAGGUCAGGAGGAGAGCUCUUUGUGUAUUCUGAGUCCAGACUGCAAGCUUUACAUCUGGGACGGCGACGACAACAACAGCACUGACAGCUGUCUUGACCAGAGUGACUACCAAGAGCUCAGUGGCUCCGGCAGUGCAGAGGACGACUACCCACCACUGAGAAUGGCUCGACUUGACCCGCCACCUCACCGACCGACCCCUCGGGCCUGGAUGGACGAAGCUCUCAGCAGAGACUGCUUCAACGGGCGCUUAGGGUUUAAAGAAGACAGAGAGAAGCGGGAAAGCGGCUACUUCUCUCUGGGGAGGGUAGCAGGUGCCCGUGCUUCCCGUAAUAAAAGCCCACAAGCGCCUUUUCGUCAUUUGGAGCGAGGACAUCCAGUCUUUAGCAGUAAAAACAUUGAGCCCAAAGAUACCAUCCCCUUCAGAAAUCCCAAUCUUGGUCUGGCCUCUGAUAGGCAGGUACCUGAGGUUUUGGAUAAAGAUCUGGCUGUGGAAAUCCCUCCUCCUGACCCCUAUGACAUUGCUCUUGAGGUUGAAGCACGAGUUGGUGCUCGUUCCCCGAGUCCAACUCCCUUUAAAAUAGCUGAGUCGCUGGCUUUUGUGGAGCAAAAAGGUUUCAUUAGUUCUUACGGUAGAGGAAAUGCUUCUUAUAAUUCUUCCUACCAACAAUCUGGGCGCUUUGAUUCCUCACUGCAAGGCUCAAUUCUACAAUCAUGUUCUUCCUCCCUGGCACAUGGAAACACUCGACCGAAGGGUAUUGACUUUCCUUCCUCCAUCAGAGGCAAUACCGUUGAUGGCAGAGGGCGAUCUCAAGGUAUCGAUCCACAAUUAAGAGCUUCUAUGCAAGGAUCAUAUGGGCGACGUAUAGACUCUGGAUCUUUGCCGAGAAAUUUUAAAUCUCUUGGUGGUUCAGUCAAAUCCCAAUCUAAUACAGUCUCUAAUUUUGGGAGUGCCUUACGAAAAACAGAAGUAGGUGAGUCCUACUGUGGUCGAAGUCUUGAAAGCAGGAGCUCAUCUCCUGGUAAAGCGUUACACCGCAAAACUGAAAAUAGUUCAUUAAACAGAAUCAAUAGUCAUACAAACUUUCCAUCUUAUAGGCCUUCUGAGAGUCGCUAUGAAAGUCGUGGGUCUUCACCAACAAGAAGACCUUGUAGACCAUCGGGCCAAUCUGUCCUUCGUAAAUCAGAAUCAAUUACAUCGCUGGACGGUAGAAGUCAUCAUGGACGGUGCGGGUCCCCAAUAAGAGAAGGCUAUGACAUUGAAAGUCAAGCUCUUCUACGAAAUGGACUUAAUAGCCAAGAUCACGAAAACCCUAGCGGGCCCGCAACCAGAGAUGGUUAUGGCGCAUCGAGUCAGCCGAAAGUUCACAAGACGGAAUUCAAUGCUGUCAGUAGCAGUCGAGGCCUUGACAGCUAUUCUGAAAGAAGAUCCUAUAAAACUGGUGGUCAGUAUCCACUUCGAAAAACAGUCAGCAGUGCUUCUUUUAAUGGUUGUGAAAGUCGCAAUUCCUCUCCUUCAAGCAGAGGUUAUGAAACUCCCACUCAGUCUAUACUGCGCAAGUCUGAAGUUAAAAGUCGUGACAGCCAUAGCUCUUUCCCAUCAAGUCAAAGCUACAGUGCCCCUCACCAAACAUCAUUUCGUAAAAGUGAACUUAGCAGCUCUAUAAAAAUGAAUAAUCACAACAGCCGUAAUUCUUCUCCGUCAAGAAAUGCUACCAAUGAACCUCCAGGCUACUCCAUCCAUAGAAAUGCCACCAAUCAGAGAAAAAAGAAUUACAGUGACUCAAAAUCUGCCCCUGAUCGCUCACCACGCGCAUGGCGGGGAUCGACACAUACCCUGCGCAGCUCCUCGCUAUCCCGUGCUGCUUCUCCCACCAUGCAGAAUGUAAAAGUAAACAGAAGAGCUUCCGUCACCUUGCAAACUUCGAGAAGCCCCGAUGGUUCUAGAUCUAGGGUUGGAAGACAGGUCCUUGAAGAUCGCUACACCUGCCCUAAUGACAGGAGACCUCAUAAUGCUCGGAGGAGCCCUUCACCUACACCUCAGAUGAAAAUGCAACGUCAUACCUUAUCGCAGAGCUCCAUGGAUUCCUCAGAGUCUGUGGCAUCCGCUGGAAGACACAAGGAGGUAUAUGCCACGGUGGCUGAUCUGCCCAAGGUCAAAAUGAUCCAUCAGAGAGAUGGCCGUAGCCACAUGGAAAGACCUCAGAAUCCCCAGCGCUCUCAUAAACAAGAACUCUUCAAACCAGCCAGCCACUCCCUGAGCAAGCAUCCCUCCAGAGAGUGGGAGGACACCGGGGAAACUGACAGAGAACUCUCCUACGGCGGCAGUGGGUAUCUAUCUCGAGCUCACUCCCCUUCCUCAUUGCAGAGAUCUUUCAGUCCCACAGCAGAUGAGGGCAGUUCUUGGAAAGAUCUUCAUCACAGAUCAGCGCCAAUGCAGAUAUUUUGUAGACUCUCUACUGUCCUCCCUGUGGGCAUUGCUUCAGACUGA